AGGAUAUGAAUUAAACUAUUCUCAAAAUGUUACAAUUGCUAAUAAUUGCAUUUUCCCUUUUCGAUGCAAUUUCUUCUCAAGAUACUGAAUUUAUAGUAUGUGCUAAUUCAGCAAGAUCUAUUGCACUUGUACCUGAAUAUGAUGGUCCUAUUGAAUCUUAUCAAAAGUGCAAGACAACUGAUUAUUGUUAUACAUUUUGGUUAGAGGAUCCAAAUAAUGGCAGCAUUGUAGUUAUGGGGCAAGGAUGUUGGGAACUUCCUGGAACGCCAAAUGAAUGUGAACAUUCAGAAUGUAUAGCCAAUGCAAGGCCUUCAAAAGUAUUGAAUAACACCAAAUUCUGUUGUUGUAACAGAAGCAAAUGCAAUCUAAAUUUCAGUGAUGCCUAUGUGCCUGUAAAAGAACCUCCGCCAGAAGAUUUGCCUGUUAGACAUUCCAUUGAUUCUCUGAUAUAUAUUACAGUGGGUGCAGUCUUUUCGUUUUUCAUUAUGUUUUUGAUAACGGUGUCUUACUUUUGUUGGAAAAUGAAUUCGAAAAAAUGUGAUAUUGAAAAUUGCCAACAACCUCUACCUCCUCCUGCAGAAUACAGCUUGGAUAAAUUAAAAAUGCUAAAUAUAAUAGGUCAAGGACGAUAUGGAUCUGUCUGGCGUGGGAUAGUUGAAGACCAGGAAGUAGCCGUAAAGGUGUUUCCAGCACAUCAUCGAAACUAUUGUCUGAACGAACAGGAUAUGUAUAAAAUGGCAGGUGAAAAUUCUGGUCUUAUAAAAUGUUACGGCGGAGGAGAAUAUUCUGUCACGCCAGGAUCUAUCGAAUAUGUUUUGCUUUUGUCUUUAGAACAGGAAAGUCUUCAAGAAUACCUCAAGGCUCAUACUAUAGAUAUUCUAACUUUGGGGAAAAUGAGUUUAAGCAUAGCCAAAGGUCUUGCUCACUUGCAUAGUGAUUUAGGUAAAUACUGCAUAGCGCAUAGAGACAUCAACAGUAGAAAUAUUUUGGUGAGAUCAGAUUUGUCGUGUUGCAUUUGUGAUUUGGGAUUAGCAGUGAUUCCCAAAAGAACCGAAAAUAAGUCUAUAAGCGAGGCAGGAACUCUUAGAUACAUGGCGCCUGAAGUGUUAGAAGGAGCUGUAAAUCUUAGAGACUGUGAGAGUGCCCUUAAACAAAUUGACGUUUACGCCCUCGGUUUAGUACUUUGGGAGCUAGGAACGCGUUGUACUGAUAUGCAGAAUGCCGAGCCUUAUCCAUAUACUCCUCCAUUUGCCAAGGAGGCUGGAGAUAAUCCAACUUUAGAACAGAUGCAGGCAUUGGUUAGCCGAAAAAAAGUUAGACCGCUAUGGCCAGUAUCUUGGAAAGACACUGCAUCUGCAAGAUUACUUUGUGAAACAGCUGAAGAUUGCUGGGAUCAGGAUGCUGAAGCUCGCCUGACCGCUUUAUGUAUAGCUGAACGUCUUGUAGAGGUUCCAACUUUAAAAGGACGAAGUCUUCAUCCCUACCAUCCCCCUGCUAGUCCUACUCCACUUAUUAAUAACAAUCAUUUACAUGACCACCAGUUUGAUGCAUCUAUUAACACAAUUGAAACCCUUCUUUCGCCAUCCGAGGAGAAUUGUAAAAAUUCAAAUCAGCUUGCUGUAUGCGUAACUCCAUUACAGCCAUACCAGGGAAGAAAUCCAUGCUUGGAGAGAAAUUUAUUAUUAGGUUCAAGCGACAGUUUACUCAUUGAUAAAUCAUCAAAACAUUGUAGCGGUUCAGAAUCUCAAAAUUUAAUACCAAAUGAUUUUCUUAAUUUCCAAAUCAAUCAUAGAGCUACACCCAUUCCGUAUUUGCAAAAUGCAGUUUACGGUAUGCCUAAACAGCAAAAUGAGUCUUACAAAGUUCCCUCGAAAUCCAUAUUUAAAUGGAACGGUUUUAAGAAUUUUUUAAACAGUAAAAGAAAUUCUGGACAAGCAGGAUUGUGUAAAGAUACACAGGUAAAAUUAAACAGCAAAGUAAUAAAUGGAUUCGGUCAAAAUGGAGUAACUACAUCUUUAUUACACACAGAAAAUGAAACCGUUAGACCAUCAACUUUAGCAAUUAAACCAGUUGACAACUCCAAUUCUUGCGGUGUAUCUCAGCUUUUAAAACGAGAAAAUAACCUUUCUAGACAACGAUCUUUAGAUCAUUUCAAUGAGGUAUUUUCUUCAACCGGUGAUUUGUCAAGACUGAAAGACCCUUCCCAAAGGGUCAAAACUCCUGGUGAUGUACCACCUUCAGUGCGUCGUACUAGAGGUAAAGCCGCAACUGAAUCUGCAAGAUUUUCUUUAUAUGAUGACAGAAUGAUGGGGCAUACCCACUGGGGCAGCGCUCCUGAUCUGGACUCACAGAGGCAACAAACAAAUACAGCACAAAUAAGUGAAGCACAGGAUAAAGAUAGUGUAAGUAGUUUUUAAAAAACAAAUUUUGUAAUAUAGGUAGAUAUAUCAAAAUAACUUGUUAAUUUUAAUGUGCUAAGGUUGUGAAUACAAUUUAAGCGUUGUUUUAAGUGAUCUUUUACUUUAUAGAAUUAAUUCUAUAUAUUUGUUUUUGCCCUAUUUUUAAGGUACACGUAUAACUAAAAAAAGAUUUCAUGCGAAAAAUAAUUAUAUUUAAAAAACCGAGAAGUUGAAUAUAACCGCCAUUAUAUUUGGUUAAACUCUUUAUGGAGUGUAUUCUGUAAACAUUUCCGUUAAAUUUAAUAUUCUCAUAAAAUUUAAUUUCUAACAGUUCCUCUAAAACUUUUAGGUUAGAUUGACAUUCUAUAAAGACAUAAUAUAGAGGACUGAUAAAAUAAAUUUUUUUAGAGGAAUCCUCUAAAAGGAUUUGAAGUAAAGACGGCAGCGUUGAUGGUCUUUAAACUACUUUUAACGUAGAAAUUGACAAAAAAUGAAAUUGACAGUUUGUUAGGAAAUGUUUGUUAGUGUUUCCAGAUCUACUGAAAAAUCAGUAUUUUUUAGACAUUAAAACAAUAUUUUUUUUGACAUCCUGUAUAAAAGGUUAACGUUUAUAUUGCUGAAUAGAGAAUUAAGUAACCUUUCAAAUGAGCUAGCACACGACCCCUAUUCCCCUAAGUAAAUAGGGCAAAAACGAAUAAAACGCAUUCUUGUUAAAAAAUAAUAAAAAUGUGUUUAUGCUAACAGUAAUAUAUUAAGAAUAUAUUAUAUAAACAAGAAAAACUUCAGAUUUUCGACCAAAUUGGCACCAAACUAAAUUAUGUUUAAAUUAUACUAAAUUAUAUUUAUAAUAUUUUUUAUUUUUAUUGUUCCAAAGCGAUUUUCGGGGCAUUUUAAUUACUAUAAUGGUAAUUAACCACAGUUAUAUAAUGGGAAAUACUCUUAAUUGAUUGGAAUUAAAAGUGUCGGCCUCUAGGUCGAGAGUCGUCUUCAAAAUACAAAUUUUUGUGGCUUCCAAAUUGAAGACCGAAACAUCCUACUGUACAAUGUAAACUAACCAUAAUUGUAAAGUUUGAACUAAUUUGUUUGAUGUUUUGGUGUUCAAGUCAGAAGAUGUUUUCAAAAUUCAUGUCGUUAUUUUUGUGAUCAAAUUUUAUGUAGCUUCGCUCUAUUUUUGUUCAAAAUGUAAACUGGAACAAUCCAAUUGGGCAAUGUAUUGCGUAAUGAUUGAAAUCGAGUUGAUAAUGCUUAUGGAUGACACUUUUUAUUUCAUUUCUUUUUGGUAUGGGUUUCUAAUUUGUUGUGAACGUUUUUUUUUGCAUUUUUUUAAAUAUAUUUUAUUACGUAUAUUUCAUCUUGGUUUUAUUUCAGCAAAAUCAGUGUUAAAUCGGGGGAUCGGGGUGGUAUGGCAUCUAUUCAUUAUUUAUUCAAUGAAUUGUGCCUCCGAUCUUCUCAGAUCCUUUUAAUAUUACUAUUAUAAGAAUGUUUUUUUUCUAUGCGUAAUAAUAUCAAAAUUUAUGCUUUAUGACGUUGUUAUUAGUUUACUUUCAGUUUUAUUUCAGUUCUUUAAUAGUUUUCCUUAAAAAUUGGUUAGGUAGUUAGUUGUUGAAACUUCGGAAAUCUGAAGUUAUUUUAUCGUAAUUUGUACCAUAUUACAAAUACAUUGACUUAAUAUAAGACUUUUAAUUUGUACGUUUUUUAUAUUUUAUUUGAAUACUUACAAAUUUACGACUGCUUCGAGAUGUUUUCUUGUGUUUUUAUUAUUAGGUAUUUAAAGAGCAUGUUUAGUUAAGUUGUUUCUGUCUUUUCUUUCAUACUUGUUUCGCUAACUACAGUUUGUGAAUAAAAUUAUUUCCCUCGCCCCUCAAUCACUAUUAAUAAUACUACAUUUUUCACUACAUAUUAACAAAUUAACCAAAGAAGUAUUUUAACUUUUUAUGGCAGUAAAAGAAUAAAAAUCUUUGUCAUUCUGUUACGUUGGUUAAUCAAGAAUCAUAAUAUGGUUUCCACCAAAUAUGCAAUCUAGCCUAAAAUACUAAUAUAAAACUUACCUAAUAGUUUAGUUUUAUUGUAACACAUAAACGUUACAGUGGAUACAUUAAAAUUAUUUGCUUAUUAAAUCCUGGAGAACAUAUCAGUAAUUCUUUGUUUUACCUCGUUAAUACUUUCCGUUCGAUUAUUAUUAGCUUUAACCUUCCGAUGACCAACCUUUUUUUGUUACACGGAUGACCAAGGGGGGGAAAAUGACCCCAGGUCAAAAAUGUCAAAAAUGACAAUUAACAAAAAAAUGAAGUUUUUUUUUUUAAUUUUUUUUUAAAAUUUUUUUUUAUGGCAUGGACUUUAUGUCAUUCAGCCAGUCACAACAUGAGUAUUAGUGUCACGUGUAGUGUGUAUGUUGAGUAAGUGUCUUGUUGCUUUGCAAAGUCUACGUCAUUAGCGUAAAACUAUUUGGAAUUAUGCAUAAUAGACGGUAUUUUACUAAACAUCAACUUCAGAAUAUAUUUUUUAUUCGUAAAAUAUAGGAAAUUUUUUUAUUUCAAAAUAUGAGGAUAUCUAGAAUGAUAUUAAAGUCAAAUAAAAAAAUAAUGGGUUAAAAAUUGAAAAUACUUUUGAAUUUAUUAAAGAAAAACAUACGCUGGGGUCACAAUUUCCCCCGCUUGGUCAUCCGAAGGUUAAGUAAUUUCACAAAAACUAAUUAAGCGAUGUUAAAUCGGGAGGUCGAGGUGGCAUGGCACUUUUAUUCAUUAUGGAAUCACCCUCAGAUACCGUUACCAUUACUGUUAUAAGAAUAAUUCUUUCUGUUUUGAUGGAUUUCCAAAUCGAUAUUUACUGACGAUAUUUAUGCAGAUUUUCAUCAUCCUAACAUCUAAUUGUUUUCUUCAUCAGCUUCACGGAUCCUGUCUGCGAUAAGAACAUGCUUUAUGUUAUAUUUUGUUUUUCUAUGUUGCUAAUGGUAGACUGAGAAAUGGUGAGCUAUGGUGUGAAUAUGUAUUAUCGAGUCAUUCACAACCUUACGAAUUCGUGUAUUAUUUACACGAACCAAGCUUGUCAUUACAGAUUUAUAUUCCCGGAUUUUCGAAAAAUACACUAUGUAUAAAAGAAUGUUCUAUUAAAUAUCAUUUAGUAGUUA